AUCUAGGGUGUUGCUCUGCAUAAUUUGCUAGUGUUUUCACUCAUACGAUACUGCCAUGGCCAAAAACACCAACAGUUCGGCGUUCCGCAAAAUUGAUGUUGACCAGUACAAUGAAGAUAAUUUCAAGGAGGAUGACGCAGACCAGGCCUCUAGCGGGAUGAUUGUGCCGGACGAAACGGAAAUCAACUCCCUACUGAAUCAAGGACGCAACAACGACGCUUUGAGAACGGUUCUUCAAAAUGCUCCGUUGAUGUGCAAAAACCAACAAGUAAAAGAUAACGCGCUAAGUCUCACCCUGCGAGUGCUAUUGUCCAUUAAAUCAUCCCAAAUCGAUGCCGCCAUCGAGUCGCUGGACGACCCGGAUUUAUGCGAUGUCCUCAUGAAAUACAUCUACCGUGGAUUCGAAAUGCCAACCGAGGGCUCAAGUGGACAUCUGCUGACCUGGCACGAAAAAGUGUUUGCGAAAGGAGGCGUUGGUAGUAUCGUACGGGUGUUAUCGGAUAGCGCUCGGGCUUGAAUUUCGAUAUUUAGUUGAAGCAAAAUUCGUUCCGAAAACGCCGCGCAAAAUAGGGUGCUUCAACAGCGUCACAAGUCACAUUUGAAGUAUUUGUUUCACGCUUUAGAUAGCGCAUUUUAAAUUGUAGUAACUGAUGCUGGUGAAACGUGCCAAGUAUCGGUACGUUCAUUCCCAAACAAAAACUCUUAGUUGAUCGAGCGGUUACGAUUGAGUUUUUUUCCCAAAGUGUUAAAUAAACAGGUGAUUAAUGUAUUGUUAA